GCACCUAUUCAUAUCUCUUCUCUGAGCCUAACCGUAUGGGAAAUAUUUGGUACAAGCCCUGGCUGGGAGCUGAUCAUGCUGAUGACCUACAGUAUCUCUUUGGAAAACCCUUCUCCCAUCCACUGGAAUACUUUCCAAAUCAUCGUGACCUUUCUGAACACAUGAUUGCCUACUGGACUAACUUUGCCAAGACAGGAGACCCUAACAAUGGAGACCUGAGCGUGCCUGCUUCAUGGCCGGCAUUUACAUCCAGCGGAGCCAAGUUUGUGGAGAUCAAUUCCAAGAUGGAUUCCACUUACGUGAGGCAGAAGUUGAGAUUGCGCUAUGUGGAUUUCUGGGCAGAUGUUCUACCCAGUCUGCCAACAGUCUAAUCAGAAUAAAACCUGUGAUUGCAAAGAAACUGUUGAUCAGUGGUGUGGGUUUAUGACAAAUACACACAUGUAUGAGUCAUAAAAAACCUGUUUUCUUAGUUUUCAAAUUAUUACUCAUUUCUAAAUGAGCUUAGUCAUCCUUGAUUGGUGGAUACAAUCUUAAGGUUGCUCUGGAACAAUAUUUUUAGUGCAUUAAA